AUGGAAAGAAUACCAAAAGAAGCUAUUUCCAAUAUCUUAGUUCAUAGUGAUCCAAUUGAUAAUAAUCAGAUAAUUACUGGGCCAUAUCUUAAGAAUAAAGAUAUUACAAUUGAGGAUUAUACAAAGAAUCUAAAUUCAAUGGGAUUUCAGGCAUCCAAUUUAGGAAAAGUAAUAGAAGAAGUCAAUAAAAUGUUAGAAUGGCGAUUAUCAGAUGAUCCAAUGGAUAUUGAUGAAUGUCCUCCAUAUGACAAUAAAGAAUUUCGGAAAAGUGUAAAGUGCACAAUUUGGCUAAGUUUUACAUCAAAUAUGAUAUCAUCAGGAUUGCGAGAACUUUUCGUUUACUUAGCCAAAAAUAAACUGAUUGAUGUAAUUGUCACUUCAGCUGGAGGAGUUGAAGAAGAUUUUAUCAAAGUUCAUGGAAAUACAUAUCUUGGUGAUUUUUCUAUGAAAGGUUCAUAUUUACGUAACAAAGGCUGGAAUAGAAUAGGAAAUUUAUUAGUACCUAAUCAGAACUAUGUAGAUUUUGAAUCAUGGUUACAACCAUUACUUGAUGAAAUGCUUGAAAUACAAAAGAAGAACUCAUUUAAUUGGACUCCUUCAAAAAUGAUAAAUUUUUUAGGUAAAAAAAUUAAUAAUGAACAAUCACUAUAUUAUUGGUGUUAUAUAAAUGAAAUCCCUGUAUUUUGCCCUGGUAUCACUGAUGGAUCUAUUGGUGAUAAUUUGUUUUUUCAUACAUAUAGAAACCCUGGUUUAAAGAUUGAUGUUGUUGAGGAUAUCAGGCAUAUCAACGAUAUAGCUUUAAGAAUUAAAAAGAGUGGAAUUAUUAUUUUAGGUGGUGGAACGCCUAAACAUCAUGUUUGUAAUGCAAAUUUAAUGCGCAAUGGUGCUGAUUAUGCCGUAUAUAUUUCAACUGCAACUGAGUACGAUGGAUCAGAUUCUGGUGCCUCACCAGAUGAAGCUAUUAGCUGGGGUAAAAUAAGAGAAAAAUCAGCUCCUAUAAAAGUUUUUGGUGAUGCAACAAUUUUAUUUCCAUUGAUUUUCUAUUCAACAUUUUAUAGGUAUAAUAAAGAUAGUGUAUCUGAUAAAAAUAUUAAAGCAUUAUAA